GCCUUCUUGGUUCUGACGUUUUCUUCACAGAAGAAAGUGCAGUAAAUCCUCUUUAUGAUCAAUAUUGCCGCCUCAUAAAUGGGAUCCUAAGAUGAAUGGGAGGGGUUGGACACUAAAAUGUCACGAGGCAUUGAAAACAGAUUUACUCACAGAAAUGCACAGGAAUUUCUCCUCGAAUCUUCUGAACGUCUGACAGAUCUGUGUUACAUUAUAUCAAUGGUGUGUCGAGUGGUUCCGGGUCGGCUGAGACAGAUUGAUGCCGGGGCGGGCCAAGUGGUCGGGGUGUCCGACAACAAUCAGGUCUACAGUCUGCAACAGGAUGCAUGGAACAGGCUGCCCGGUGCCCUCAUACACGUCAGCGUGGGACCGGCAGGGCUCUGGGGAACCAGCCGAAGCAAUGAAAUCUUCAAGCUUGUGUCUGGAAAUUGGACCAAGGUUCCAGGGCACCUUAAACAGCUAGAUGCUGGAGGAGACCAGAUCAUUGCAGGUGUCAAUGGGGCAGACAACAUUUACUGCCUUGGGAGGGACUCAACCGUUGGAUUCAAAGGAGCAGGCAGCUCCGUAUCGUGGCAGAACCUUCCUGGAUCGCUGAAAUACUACAGCUGUGGCCCCAUUGGCUGCUGGGGUGUCAAUGCGAACAACAAUGUCUAUAUGAUGAAGGGGGUAAACCCUGUCGGGUGUGGGGGCACCAUGAGUUGGACGCAUGUGUCCGGCUCCUUGUCCAUGAUAGAGGUGGGAUCGGAUGGAAGCAUCUAUGGAGUUAGCCCAGGAGGCUACAUCUACCGCAGGGAGGGUGUGACGGAAUGUAACCCCACAGGGACCCUGUGGACUCCAGUAGGGGGCGGUAGCAGGUACAGACAUGUGUCAUACGACUUGGGGCAUCUAUGGGCUAUUCGUCAGGAUGGGACCAUUUUGGAUUGUGUUUAAUAACUAUUAACUAUGAACUAUUUGCAAGUUCAUUAUUUUGUAACAUUGCAUUGUUCUUCAAAUUCUGAAAGACACUGAAUAUGCCUCAUUAUUGAAUUUAUGGUUGAUUUAAAAAGAUGUCUUUGAAAAUGUAUAGGUGUUACAGAAAAUGUUACAAAUGAUUCCCAUAAAAUGUUUUGCUCGGGAACAAAUGAAAAUAUUUCUGUUUGUAACACCUUCCACAGUGUUGUAAUACAAAUAUGUGUAAUGCAGAUAUAUACAUCUGCUUUUUAUGGUAAGAAUGCAGAUAUAUACAGAUAUAAACAUGUGUUUUUAAUGGUUU